CACGCUUUAUGACAAACAAUAAAGAGAGAGGAGAGACAAGACAUUCCAGAGAUGGCAAGACUUUGAUGAAGUGUUGUCGACGCCAAGAACAAAAACAAACUUCUGCUGCUUCUGCUUGCGAUUCAGAAACGACUUAAGACCAUAUGGAUGCGUGAUCACUCUUCUUAGAUCAACCGAUUGAGACGUGCGUCACAAACAAACCAAAAAAUGAACUACAUCGUUUGUGUCCUCAUGUUCUUGACUUGUCAACUUCUACUUGGUCUUACUUCUUCUGCUACCAACAUGGAACAAACCACUAUUGUAAUAGACGGUACACAUCAAAUCGCUGAGAUCGAUGAGAACUUUGUCUGCGCAACACUUGAUUGGUGGCCACCUGAAAAAUGCAAUUAUGAUCAGUGUCCAUGGGGCUACGCAUCUCUCAUCAACUUGAACUUGUCUUCUCCUCUUCUUGCUAAAGCUAUUCAAGCUUUCAAGACGCUGAGGAUAAGAAUAGGUGGCUCCUUGCAAGAUCAAGUGAUCUACGACGUAGGAGACUUGAAGACUCCUUGCACUCAGUUCAAGAAGACUAACGAUGGCUUGUUUGGAUUCUCUAAAGGAUGUUUGUAUAUGGAUCGUUGGGAUGAACUAAACCGUUUCUUCCACGCAACAGGGGCUAUUGUGACUUUUGGUUUGAAUGCGUUAUACGGUAGAGAGAAGCUCAGAGGCAAUGCAUGGGGAGGGGAGUGGGAUCAUACCAACACUCAAGAUUUCAUGAACUACACAAUCUCAAAGGGUUAUGCUAUAGACUCAUGGGAGUUUGGUAAUGAGCUUAGUGGAAGUGGGAUUGGAGCAAGUGUGAGUGUAGAACUUUACGGUAAAGACUUGAUUAUACUGAAAGAUGUAAUCAAGAACGUUUACAAGAGUUCUCAGACCAAGCCAUUGCUCUUAGCUCCUGGUGGGUUCUAUGAAGAAAAAUGGUACUCAGAGCUUUUUCGCCUCUCUGGACCUGGUGUUCUUGAUGUCAUGACUCAUCAUAUAUACAAUCUUGGUCCAGGGAAUGAUCCAAAGCUUAUGAGUAGGAUACUAGAUCCAAAGUACUUGAGCGGAUCAGUUUUAGGAACAUUCAAGAAUGUUGACAGAACGAUUCAAGAACAUGGAGCUUGGGCUUCUGCUUGGGUUGGAGAAGCUGGAGGUGCUUUUAAUAGCGGUGGACGUCAAGUUUCUGAGACAUUCAUUAACAGCUUCUGGUAUCUAGAUCAGUUUGGUAUGUCGUCUAUGUACAACACUAAAGUAUAUUGCAGACAAGCUUUGGUUGGAGGUUUCUACGGUCUGCUCGAAAAGGAAACUUUUGUUCCCAAUCCAGAUUACUACAGUGCACUUCUUUGGCAUCGUUUGAUGGGUAAAGGCGUUCUUGGCGUUCAGACAAAUGCAUCAGAGUAUCUACGGACUUAUGUUCAUUGCUCCAAAGGAAGAGCAGGGAUAACGAUUCUUCUGAUUAACCUGAGUAAGCAAACGACGUUUACGGUCGGAGUCAGCAAUGGCGUGAAGGUGGUUUUGCAAGCAGAACCGAAGAAGAGGAGAUCUUUCUUGGAAACGAUCAAGAGCAAGGUUUCUUGGGUUGGAAGAAAAGCUUCUGAUGGAUACUUGAACAGAGAAGAGUAUCACUUGAGUCCAAAAGAUGGUGACUUGAGGAGCAAGAUUAUGCUCUUGAAUGGUAACCCUUUGGAACCAACAGUCACUGGAGAUAUCCCAAAGCUUGAGCCGGUUCGCCAUGGUGUUAAGUCUCCUGUUUAUAUCAAUCCAUUGACUAUCUCGUUCAUUGUGUUGCCUACCUUUGAUGCUCCUGCUUGUUCAUGA